AUGAGACAACAGAACAACGGCUCGUCACAAAACGGCGAUCCCAGCCACCGCAACGAGAGCAGUCGAAGCGCGGGCCUCGAACCUUCGAACUCCCCCUCUCAAACACCUGACCGACUCGCCGAGGACCUGGUUUAUUAUCGAAGCUUUCUUGAACAGCUGUUAGGCUUGGUACGAAAUGGAGACCAGGAAACUGUCAACCGGAUGGUUUCUAUCAUCCGUGCGGAUGCUUCACAUCAGGAGAUCCUGACAGUUUUGUCUGAGAACGCAGCCGACAAUACCCAGACCGUUCAAGGGGAUGGUGGUCGGAACAAUCACAAUCAGAAUUAG